UCUUCUUGCGUUUAUAUCGAAGUGACGCUUUACCCCACGACUAGAGCGCUUCCGAGAUCUACAAGUAGUUCACCGGAAGGCCUCCCGCGAAGUGAAGCUUUACCCCACGACUAGAGCGCUUCCGAGAUCUACAAGUAGUUCACCGGAAGUUCUCCCGCCGGAGAUGAUGUCUUCCGCCCCCUCCCUGCCUCCCCUCCCCAUCUCAAACCCCCCUGCCGCCUCCGCCGCCCCCGUCGCCCCCUCCUCCGCCGCCCCCGUCGCCACUCCCGCCUUCCGCCUCUUCCUCUCCCGCCUCUCGGACUCCGUCGGCCGCUCCCUCUCCAACCGCCGCCCCUGGUCGGAGCUCGCCGAUCGAUCUGCCUUCUCCCGUCCGGAUUCCCUCUCCGACGCCUCCUACCGCCUCCGCAAGAACCUCACCUACUUCCGCGUCAACUACGCCGCUGUCGUCGCCGCCGUCCUCGCCAUCUCCCUCAUCACCAACCCCUUCUCUCUCGUCGUUCUCCUCGCCCUCCUCGCCGCCUGGUGUCUCCUCUACCUAUUCCGCCCCUCAGAUCCGCCGCUCGUCAUCCUUGGCCGGACCUUCUCGGAUCGCGAGACCCUCGGCAGUCUUGUCCUCAUCACCGUUUUCGUAGUCUUCCUCACCUCCGUCGGGUCGCUUCUGAUCUCAGCCCUGGUCGCCGGUGCUGCCAUCGUCGGCGCCCAUGGGGCUUUCCGGGUGCCGGAAGAUCUUUUCCUCGAUGAACAGGAAACGGGCGCUGCCAGCAGUCUCUUAUCCUUUCUUGGAGGAGCCGCCUCGGCUGGACCUGCCGUCGUCGCCGCUGCCCGUGUCUGAUCUACCGAUCUACAGCUCUCAACUGCGCCGAGGUUCUUGAUUUCUUGUUAUCUUGUUCUUCCUCCCUCUUGUUUGUAUGAAACAAAAGUAUAUUCCAUUGAUAUGUUCCACGGUUUCUUUCAGCAAUGUCUUUUGUUCUAUAUACAGACAUCGGACUAAAUGUUCUUGUUACUUUAUGUGGUUAUCGAUGCAUACAGUAUGUUACACCUUA